AUGUCCAAAGCGAUCUUGACCGAGUGCUUGUUUCAUAAGAAUAUGUCGUACAACCCUUCCAUAGUGCUAGGAAGAGUUGUUUCCACGUUCGUAUGUGCUGGUCUUUGGCUUGCGUCCAUCGCAACUCCGACAUUGGCUGUACCUGUUCGACGGGCUGCUGUCUUGCCACAAGAUGAUCCAUUCUAUACACCACCAGCUGGAUACGAGAGUGCUGCCCCAGGAGACAUUCUGCGUACUCGACCUGUUCCAAAUAAAUUAGCAGCUUUCUCUGCUUUUCCGCAAAAUAUGGCCAAUGCUUGGCAGAUCCUCUACCGAACCACGGACGCAUUGGGUAACCCUCAGGCAACCGUAACCACAGUGAUGGAACCGCACAAUCCGGAUACAACUAAGCUUUUAUCUUACCAAGUGGCCGAGGACAGUGCCUAUCAAGGGUGCGCACCAUCUUAUGUGCUUCAAGCAGGUACCGGAUUGUCGGAUACGGCGUCUCAGGCUGAGCUUCUACUUAUGGAUGCCGCGCUGGAUCGCGGUUGGUAUGUCAGCACUCCUGACUACGAAGGUCCAAUCAGUGCGUUUACAGCAGGUAUCCAAGCUGGACAUGCCACUCUUGAUUCGAUCCGAGCUGUUCUCAAAUCCACAAAUGUGACGAAUGUUUCCGGCAAUGCUACUGUUGCCAUGUGGGGUUACUCUGGUGGCGCUCUUGCUUCAGGCUGGGCAGCUGAGCUACAGCCAACAUAUGCGCCGGAAUUGAAUUUGGCUGGUGCCGCUAUCGGUGGUACUCCAGGCGAUCUCAACGCAACUCUUUACGCUGUCAACAAGGGCCUUUUUGUAGGACUGGUUCCUGCUGGUAUUGUUGGUCUGUGUCAACAAUAUCCUGAACUCAACGACUACGUGAUCGCCAAUUUAAAGCCAGACAAGAAAGACGCCUUUUUUAAAGCCAACAGUCAAUGCCUCGACGCUGACACUUCACAAUAUGCUUUCCAAGACAUGUUCUCCUACUUUACUGAUUAUAAUGUUUUACAAGGUGAUGUUGCUGUGAAAAUCUUGAACGAGAACAAGAUGGGUCAAUACGUUCCAAAGAUCCCACUUCACAUGUAUCACUCCGCAAACGAUGAAAUGGUGCCAUUUGCUCCUACUGAGGCUCUUGUCAAGCAGUACUGCUCACAAGGCGUCAAUAUUGAAUUUGUGAAAGAUGAGCUUUCAGAGCAUAUCAUUCUGGCUAUUACCGGUGCCGCUGAUGCCCUCAUUUGGCUCAAUGACCGAUUCAACGGUGUUCCUGUCAAAAAAGGUUGUACGAGUCGGACCACCUUAACUUCUGCGUUGGAUCCUGGAGCUCUUCCAGUGUUUGGAACAGUCAUCUUCAAUCUUUUGGGAGAUUUACUGGGGAAACCAAUUGGUCCUAAUUCUAUUGCCAGAUAG